AUGGAUGCUUUUCAGGGGCUUUUAAAAUUCUUCCUUAACCAGAAAACUGCUAUAGGCUACAGCUUCAUGGCUCUGCUGACAGUGGGAGGGGAGCGGCUCUUCUCGCUGGUGGCUUUUAAGUGCCCCUGCACCACUGAGAAUACAGCCUAUGGGUCUGUUUUCCUUUUUGCUCCCGCCUGGGUGUUACUGAUCCUGGGAUUCUUUUUGAACAACAGGUCGUGGAGGCUUUUCACAGGCUGCUGUGUGAACCCCAGGAAAAUCUGUCCCAGAGGCCAGGUCGGCCGCUUCUUCUAUGUACUCGGUCAGAUUACCCUGAGCUCACUGGUAGCUCCAAUGAUGUGGCUUUCGGUAGCUUUGCUCAAUGGGACUUUUUAUGAAUGUGCCAUGAGUGGGACCAAAAGUUCCAGACUCCUGGACCUGAUUUGCAAGGGUAAGCCCAAAGAGUGCUGGGAAGAACUUCCUAAAGUAUCUUGUGGCAAAACCAGCAUGACACCGGAGGACAAUGAAGAGCUGAAGAUGUCACUUCAGGCUCAGUCUCAGAUUCUAGGAUGGUGCCUGAUUUGUUCCGCAUCUUUCUUCUCUCUUGUGUCCACUUGCUAUGGUCGCUGCCGGUCUAAAGUUAGCUACCUUCAGAUGAGUUUUUGGAAGACAUACGUUCAAAAAGAGAAAGAGCAGAUGGAAAACACAUUCCUGGACUAUGCCAAUAAGCUGAGUGAGAGGAACCUAACAUGUUUUUUUGAAAACAAGAGACCAGAAUUGAUCUCCCUGCCCAGCUUUGCGGCCUGGGAGGCUGCAUCAGAGCUCUAUGCUUUCCACCAAACCCUACAGCACUACAGUACCCUCCACAAGGUGGUGGAGGAUGGCGUGGAUCUCACACCUGAGGAAAAUGAGACCACCAUGGUCCUUGUGGGUACCGCUCAACAUGUGUAG